AUGACCAACACAACGGUGCUGUCUGCAUUUGCCGCCAAGGCCAACCCCAACCCAGCCGACCCAACGGCCCUGACGCUGGCCUACGGUGAUCGGACCAUGCCCAAGCUCCGCCUCGCCUUGGCGUCUCCUGAUUUGAUUGUUCGGCAACGUGCCCUCAUCUCGCUCCGUACUCUGGUUGUCAAUCCCGACAAUGCUGCCGCUGCGCUUCAUGCUGAUACUGUCUCGGGCUUGAGUGCUUGUCUCGAUGCCUCGGACGAGCUCGUCCGCUCCACAGCUGCUGCUGUCUGUGAGGCUCUGGCCAGACUCGCGCCAGGAAAAGCUGCUCUGGCUGCGUCAGACGUACUGCCCAAGCUCGCCCAGCUGGCAGACGAUGACAAGCGCUCAGUCCGGGCGGCCGCGCUCGGCGCGCUGGCGGCUCAGGCCGACGAUCCCGACGGCGCCCAUUCGGUCCUCACCGCCGGCCUCGUUCCGCUGCUGGUGGACAAGGCCGCCGUCGAGGAAGAGAUGCUGCAAAUCCUGGCCCUGGAAGCGCUGGCUGGGUGUGUGCGGCAGGACGCUGCGGAUGCGCUGCGGGUCGGCGCCAUGGACGUCGCGGUCGCGCUGCUCGGGCACGAGUCGGGCGGCGUCCGCAACGCGGCGGCGCUGCUCAUCCUUGCACUGGCCACCCCGUUUGAAGGCAAGAUCAUUGCGGUUGACUCGGCAGCGGUGCCGCCGCUGGUGGUCGCUCUCUGCGAUGACGAGCUGGCGGUCCAGCCUGCGGCGGCACGCGCACUCAUGGCGGUGACGGUGUACAACGGCGGCAAGGUUGCGGCGCUCGAGGCCGGUGCGCCCUCGAUUCUCUCCGACAUUAUUGUCGCAGAGCUGGAGGCCGAUACUGCAGUCGACGAGGCCGUGGCGGCCUCGCUUGCGCGCGGCGAUGGCAGCCCUCCGGUCCCGCAGCGCGAGCACCUCCGCGAGCUCCGGGUCUCGGCGCUCAAGGCCGUCACCACCAUUGCCGAGCACCCGCUCGGCCGGCGCGCCUUUCUCCCACUUGUCGACCGGCUUGAGGAGCUGGCGGCCGUCGACGACGACCCGCUCCUCGCCCGGUCUGCCGCCAUUGCGCUGCAGGUCAUCCAGUUUACGCCUUGA